AUGGGUUUCUUUGAGCUGAACCACAUCACAAACGUGUUUGGUAUCUCUAGACUCCUCCAAGUGAUCUCCUUGUUUGGUCUGCUGCUGCUGCUCUCCAAAGCUGCCCAAUACUACCUACACAGACAAUGGCUCCUCAAGUGCCUCCAGCAGUUCCCAUCCACGCCUUCCCACUGGCUUUUUGGGAACCUCAUAAAGGACCAGGAACUCCAGCAGACACUUUUAUGGGUAGAGAAAUUCCCAACCACCUGCUCAAAGUGGUUUUGGGGGAACAAGCCAAGUGUCAUGAUCUAUGACCCUGACUACAUGAAGCUGAUACUGGGGAGAUCAGAUCCAAAGCCUGUAAAAUCAUAUGGUUUCUUUGUUCCCUGGAUUGGCUAUGGGCUGCUCCUGUUGGAAGGGAAGAAGUGGUUCCAACACCGGCGGAUGUUAACUCCAGCAUUCCACUAUGAUAUCCUUAAGCCUUAUGUGGGAAUCAUGGCAGACUCUGUCCAUGUGAUGCUAGACAAGUGGGAGAAGCUUGCUGGCCAGGAAAGCCCCCUGGAGAUUUAUCAACACGUCUCCUUAAUGACCAUGGAGACAAUCAUGAAAUGUGCAUUCAGUUACCAGGGCAGUGUCCAGCUGAAUGACUGCGGAAAUUUCAGAUCCUACGUUCAGGCGGUUGAAGAGCUGACUUAUGGGGUUCACUCAAGAGUGAGGACUGCCUUUCAUCAGAGUAAUAUCAUCUACAAUCUGUCCUCCAGUGGCCGUGCAUUUCACCGUGCCUGUCAGGUCGCCCAUGAACACACAGACAGAAUGAUCAGUAUGAGGAAGGCUCAGCUGGAGAAUGAGGGAGAGCUGGAGAAGGUGAAGAAGAAGAGGCACUUGGAUUUCUUGGACAUCCUCUUGCUUGCCAAAAUGGAGGAUGGAAAGAGCUUGUCUGAAGAGGACCUGCGUGCAGAGGUGGAUACAUUCAUGUUCGAGGGCCAUGACACCACAGCCAGUGGAAUAUCCUGGAUUUUCUAUGCUCUGGCCACACACCCUGAGCACCAACAGAGAUGCAGAGAGGAGGUGCAAAGUGUCUUGGGUGAUGGAACCGCUGUCACCUGGGACCACCUGGACAAGAUGCCCUACACCACCAUGUGCAUCAAGGAGGCCCUGAGGCUCUACCCACCUGUACCAGCUAUAGCCAGAGAGCUCAGCACACCUGUCACCUUCCCAGAUGGACGCUCUUUACCCAAAGGUUUCAUGGUGAGUCUCUCCUUCUACGGCCUUCACCAUAACCCAAGACUGUGGCCAAACCCAGAGGUGUUUGACCCUUCUAGAUUUGCACCAAAUGCUGCCCGUCACAGCCAUGCCUUCCUGCCCUUCUCAGGAGGAGCAAGAAACUGCAUCGGGAAACAGUUUGCCAUGAAUGAAUUGAAGGUCGCCGUGGCCCUGACCCUGCUCCGCUUUGAGUUGCUGUCAGAUCCCACUAGGGUUCCAGUCCUCGUGCAAAGAAGUGUGCUAAAGUCCAAGAAUGGGAUCUAUCUUCAUCUCAAGAAGCUAAAAUAA